GAUACGCGAUAGUUCGCAUCUCCAAGGUGUUCGCGCGGGUUGCGCGAGUGAUAGAAUGCUCGUUCUCAUCUGAGAUAUCGAAAGAGAAAGAGGGAGAAUUAAGAGUGUGCGUGUACGUCAUCGUGUGUAUACGCGUGAGAGAGAGAGAGAGAGAGAGAGAGAGAGAGGAGAAAAAAUAGGGAGAGAGAGCGAGCGAUAACCCGCCACUGUCCCCGGCACCGGUGGGAUGAUCAAGGAUAUGGCGGACGAUGAGGCCAUACAGGCCACCAACGACGACGCCAGCGAGUGCAAGCGUUACGCGGUGCAACUCGGCUAUUGGUGCGACCCGUUCAUCAGCCUAUUCGUCAAGCAGACCGCCCGGAAGGCACCUGAGAUCAAUCGUGGUUACUACGCCAGAGUCAAGGGCAUUGAGCUCUUCGUCGAGAAUUUCCUCAAGCUUUCUGGCGGUAAAGGUCAGAUCAUAAACUUGGGUGCUGGUUUUGACACUCUUUAUUGGAGACUAAGGGAGACAGGGAAUAGUCCUGCAAAUUUCGUGGAACUCGAUUUUCCCAGCAUAACUGCAAAGAAAUGUUAUCACAUCAAGAAGCACAAACAAUUAAUCGAUAUGCUAAACACCGAAGAUGGAGAAAUCCGAUUUUCGACCACAGACCUGCAUGCCGCAAAUUAUCAUUUGGUUGGUACAGAUCUGCGACACAUAGCGGAGCUAAAUAACAAAUUGGCCCAAGCCGAAGUCAAUUUCAAUUCACCUACUAUGUUCCUCGCAGAAUGUGUUCUAGUAUACGUAGACGCUAGCGCGACAUCGUCACUAUUGAAAUGGCUAGCGGGCAAGUUUCCAAACAGUCUUUUUGUCAGCUACGAACAGGUCAACAUGAAGGACAAAUUCGGUCAGGUCAUGUUAUCGAACCUUCGCAGCCGUGGAUGCUUAUUGGCGGGCGUGGAGGAUUGUGAAUCGUUAGAGACUCAACAGAGACGAUUUACCAUAAACAAUUGGGAAGGUACGAGCGCGUGGACGAUGGUGGAUGUUUAUGAUUCACUGCCUGUAAUGGAUCGUAGUCGAAUCGAGCACAUAGAGAUGCUGGACGAACGAGAGCUUCUUACUCAGCUGCUCCAACAUUACUGCAUUGCCGUUGCUUGGAACGGACAAACAUUUAAAAAUCUGUCUAUAGCACAGGGUUAGGUGUCACCGCCUAACUCCUUCUCUCUGUGUCUCUCUUGCGAGUUACUCCAGGUAAUGACAUCAUAUAAUUGACGAGCCCUCGUAAGUUGCGUAAUACCUCCAUCAACAGCAGGAGAUUAACUUUCUCAGAUUGCGCUACAUCUCGAGUUAGGGCUUAAGCACAAAAAUGGUAGUAAUUGAGUCGUGGAACAUAAGUUAUAAUUGUCGAUUGAUCAAAACAUUGUACGUUGACUUACGACUAUGACUCAAAUUUCACAAUUCAGUUGUGAUCAUUUUUGUGCUGAUCGCUUUUGUGCUGCCCUUAAUCGAUGAAUUGAAAUAGAAUAUCAUGUUACGAGAAAAUAGUGUCCUCUGAUUAAAAAUGCGUUUAAUUUUUUGUCUACAGAAACAUCUCGCCAUAAUGAUUUUUAUAUAACCUUAAAGUAUAUUCUUCGUUCUUCACUUCUAAGAGAAGGGUCAAAUAGUGUAUACGGAUUUU